AUUGUCGGUGCUUUCAUGCACAAAUCUUGUUUUCUUUUUUAUUUAUGCACUACAUUGAACGAAAGUUAAUUCACAGAUCUCAAAUGACUUUUUAACAUCAUGUCAAGAAGAAUACAUCUCCAAGCAAAUAAUAAUAUGUUUAUCCGUCAGUAUAUUUGUUUUUAAGAUGAAGUAAUUUGUACAAAACUAUACGAUUCAUUUCCUUUAUUCUGAUAGUUUGCAUAGAUUGUCUCUUGUGGAUACAAAUUUUAGGAAUGCAUUUACAUAAAAAAAUUGGCCUAUUCAAUAUUAUUAAUACUGUAACGAUUAUUUUAACUCAGUUCUAUGCUGAUACUGCUUAUACAAACCAUAAAACGCAAAACUAUUUUACUAAAAGUUCAAACUUAUAUUUUUAUGACCGAAUUAAUGGAGAUAUUAAUUUCAAUGAGAAAUACUUACGUCGACAAGUUAUCACAAGAAGGUUAAGGGAUGUUGUGCCGAUUAUGUUUCCCAUUAACUCAAAAGAAAUCGAAGUGUCCGAUCAUUUAAAAAGUCUAAUUGAAUCUAAUCAAAAUGGAAAUAUACCAAGUGAAGUUUAUUCAAACGAAAGGGUAGGUGAACAACAUGGAGAAGCUGAAGAAGGUGUAGAUGAUGUGAGUCACUGUGUUCCAAUUCAUGAAUCUGUUUGUCAUGGCCUUCAAUACACACAUACCUCGUUGCCUAAUUCAGUGGGUUUAACAACACAAGAAGAGGCCGCAAAACGCAUGAAUGACUACCGUUCCUUAAUCAAUGUUGGAUGUUCACAGUAUUUGAAAUUUUUCCUAUGUACGAUUUAUUUUCCAAUGUGUACUCCAGCUUUGAAUCCACCAGCUGCCUUACAACCAUGUCAAAAUUUAUGUCGUUAUGUUCAGUCAAAAUGUGAACCAAUUAUGAAAAGUUUUAGCUUCCCUUGGCCAAUUGAAUUGAAUUGUAAAUCAUUACCCUCCGAGUCCGGAAUGUGUAUACAACCACAAAAUUAUGAUUUAGAUAAACAAGGGGAAAUUAUAAGUCAAGGAAUUCCAUCUGAAGCUCAUGGAGCCAUUGCUAACUUGCUACCAGAUUUUGGUGAAUUUCUAGCUCAUCAAAAUGCACAAAAUCAACAAUUGACAGGUGCGCAGACUAACCAGACAGAUAACAACCAUGGGAAGAUAUCUCUUAUAGAUAAUAAUCAGUCUGGAUUGAUGAAGCAUCAUAUACUUCAUAGAACCAAACUACAAGCCUCAAAGUGUUAUGUUGUUGAAAUCCUUUUAUAUUCCGAACAGGCGCAUGAUAAUAUUACAUGCGCCCGUCGGUGCAACGCUCAUUUGUUUUACAAACCAAUUGAAAAACGUUUUGCCAAUGUUUGGAUGUUAGUUUGGGCCAUACUUUGUUUAGCAUCAUGCGCAAUGACAAUGAUUACAUUUACUCUAAGCCGUUCACGUUUCGCUUAUCCAGAGAGACCGAUCAUUUAUAUAUCAGUUUGUUACUUUUUUUAUUCUACUGGGUUCAUUUUACACGCUCUAAUUGGACGUGAUUCGGUGGCUUGUAGAAACAAAGUUGAAACUAUUUCAUCAUCAUUAUUACCCAGCGGAGUAUCACAAGAAGGAGCGAAGAAACUUCUUACAAGUGUGGCCCAGUCGAAGGUUAAUGUUACUUUCUUGAUAACUUCUGGACAUGAAGGUACAUGGUGUACUAUCGUAUUUCUUAUCCUGUUUUAUUUUAGUCAAGCUAGUUAUUUAUGGUGGGUUAUGUUAGCUAUCUCAUGGUUCUUAUCGGCUUCAUGUAAGUGGGGAUGUGAAGGCAUAGAAGCUAUCAGUAGUAUCUUACAUAUGCUCGCUUGGGCAGUUCCCGCAUUAAAGACUAUUAUCAUACUAAUCAUGCACCGCAUUGAUGCAGAUGAGUUAACUGGAUUGUGCAAUGUUGGUUAUCAAAAUUCAACAAGUUUGCUUGCAUUUAUAUUAUUGCCACAAGUUAUCUACCUGUUGUUGGGUAUUUUAUUUUUAUUGGUAGGUUUCCAUUCUUUGAUUUCUCUUCGAUCAAACUUGAAACAACAUGUUAAAAGUCUUAUGCCUGUUGCCAACACGAAAACAGGACUAGCAAACUGUUAUAACUCACAGUUUAAAAGAAACGUUACAGCAACAUUAGCAACAUCAACAACACCACUACAACCAAUAACGCUAACUAGUCCAGUCAUUCCUCUCAAUAAUGGGAAUAUACGACGUUUAGAUAAAUUGAUGAUAAAAAUAGCCAUAUUUUCUAUGUUAUAUGUUUUACCGAAGGCCUGUGUUAUUGGAGUGAAUAUUUACAAUUAUAUUAAUUUCCCAAAAUGGAUGAAAACACUAGAUAAACUGGCGAAACAAACAAAUUGUUUGACGGAAUACGGUACAAAUUGGUCGUUGGUCACCCAAUGCGUUAGUGAUAAUCACUUCCCAUCAGUUGAAGCUAAUAUGCUACAAAUUUUCAUGUCAUUAGUUGUCGGUAUCACUUCAGGUAUGUGGGUAUGGUGUAACCGGAAAUCAUCAGAAACAUGGAUAAAAUGUAUGACAGGCAAAAAGAAAGAUUUAUCUAAACAUGAUUUGAAUUACCAUCAUCAUAUUUGUGAGGAUGCUGUUGCCGGUGUUGCUACUGGGAAUAAUAAUAAUUUGUCUCAAGUUGACCAAAAAGCACAACCUAUGAAUUCAACCUGUUGCAAUUCAAGAGGAGGAUGUGGAAUAAAUAGUCAGCAUCCAGGAAACAGCAUCAAUUUUGAUAAUUCAAUGAACAAUACUAGUCACCUGGUAGUUGAUUCGUCUCAGUAUCAUCAACAUGGAAUUGCACGAAACAACAUGAGAAAUUUAAUGCCUUCUGGAUCAUUAAAUUUAUCAUCUGGAGCAGCUUCAUGCACAAGUACAGUACCUUUGUCAUAUGGUUUAGGAACAAUGGAUAUGUCUUUAUUAAAUUCAAAUGAAUCGAAUUAUUGUAUUCGUUCGUCACAAAGACAAACCGUUAAAAUCAGACCGACUAAUAUUGGAAGACCUGACUUUUGAUUUACAUUCAUUUCAUUAAUAAAUAGUGUACAGUGUACUUGAACAAAGUUCAACUAUGGCUAUAUUUAUCCACAAUAGCAUAUAUUCACCAACUUAUAAACAAGAGAUUAUAUCAAGGAAACUGUGUAACAUGGAACAAAACUCAAAUGUGGAAAGAAUUAUAUCCUGCAAGUUUUGCUCAACCCAUAAUAAUACAUAAUGACAAUAUAUUAUAAAGUCAUUUCAUAAAUGCUGAUUCCUUCACCUUUUUUCCGUCAGCUAACUAUUUAUUACUUUAAACGCAGAAACCGUCCUUACACACACACACAGUAUGCUCAUCUUUGUAUAUAAAUUAAUUUGUGACUGAUAUUCCAGUAAUCUCUUAACUUGAAUUGUUUUCUUUUAUUCUUUUCAUAUUUGGUGAAAAUCAAGAAACUUAUCAGCCUAUAUACCCCAAAUUCAUUUACAUUACCAUGAGUUAAUCUGUUCAGUUUUUGAGUGAACUUUAUCUUAAGUUUACCUGUUCGUUGUAGAGAAAAGAAGAUAAAUCAAAUUGUUCAAAAAAAAAAAAAAGAACAAAGCAGUUGGAUAAAUUUAACUUGGUAUUGGUUAAUUAUAGUAAACUAAAUCAACAACUACUAAUUAACCAUGAUCAAUCAAUGUAGCCUAGAAAAUUCCUUUUUAAUUUAUUAUUAUUUUAAUUCCAUUCUGUUCGUAAUUUAUAAAACUUGUUUAGUACUUCCAUUUGGGAAAUGUGUAGACGUAUUCAAUUCUAAAGAAUAAUAUAAAUACUCAGCCUGA